AUGAGUGACCCAGGCUCGAAACUUCCUAUUAAAAUUGACGAGGAAGAUACAAAAACUCUUGGGAAUCUCACAGGUCUUGGACAAUUAGAAGACUGUGACCAGGUUAUUAGGUCAAAUGGGUUUACCCAAGUGUUCGGUGCCUUGGCCUUGAUCGUCGUAUACUUUAUCUGUAGAAAUAAAACACCAUGGGUAUAUUAUCCAAACAUCAAAAAUAAGCCGCAGCAUCCAUGCUAUCAGCACAAUCCAGGACUCUUUUCUUGGAUUGGACCUUUAAUUACCACCAAGGAUACUCAGUUGCUUAGUAUGGUAGGUCUUGACGGAUUCAUGUUUCUUCAAAUGCUCAAAUUGCUUUAUAGAAUUUGCUUCUUUCUUUCGCUAAUUGUUGUGCCUUUUCUUUGUCAAUGGUUUUACACAAUUAGAGGGUCUAAGAGAGAUUCACAACUAUUUAUCCUUUUGAGCCUUUCUGAUAUCAAAGAUAUUAAGGUUUAUUGGUGCAUUCUGGCUUUGGCACAUAUCAUCACAGCCAUUGUUUUAUAUAUGGUAUUUAUUUAUUACAAAAGAUUUGUAACCCUACGACAGCUGUAUCUUGCCGCACCUGCCACAAUGACUUCAGUCAGUCAAAUGAAAAAACUAUCUAAGGAGUUGUGUGAUGACCAGAAUGCAAUAGAUUUCAUUAACAUCUCUUCCAGAACAGUUAUUAUUGAUCGUCUUCCUCCAACUAUUAAAAACGAUCUAGAAUUACUAAAAUACAUAGAGUCUUUAAAAAUAGGUGAUAUAGAGAGUGUGUCUCUCAUCCACAACACUUACCGCCUGCAGAAAAUGUAUGAAGAACGUGAUGCAGUGAUACAGGAUAUAGAAAAAGAAAUAGCCACAUCAUUUGUUAAAAUUAAAAAGUACUUUAAGGCAGAGAAGGACAAGUGUAGAGCCAGUUUUGGUGAGCUCUAUACAGAGGAUCUUGAACGAUCAACGCUAGCUCUUUUUGAAAGCAUGAAUUUUACAUUAGAAGAAAAGGUAAAGAUUUUCAAUAAUUUUUGUAAAUAUGCUGAUAAAUUUUUUUCAAAAACUUUUAUUGGAAGGUCAAUAAUCAAUUUGCAUCUAGUAAGGCUAAAUGAAAUCAACAAAAAGAUACUCCGGGAAAAGGAUCGUUUAGAAGAUACAUCAAAAGAAAAUCAACUUGAUGUACCGAAGGCUAAUGAAACACUUUAUGUAGACAUGGAUGUAAAGAAUGAUGUUAGUUUCUUUAGCAUAUCUCAGGUGCUCAGUUUUAGGAAGAACAGUGAUCUAUUUUCUUUAGAUUUGCCAAUUAACCGAAGAAAAGGCUUUAUUACCUUUAAGGACCAGCGAACAGCAGGAAUAGUAAGACAGACAAAGUUGGGGACAAGAGUAUUUUCAAGCAAUAUUGAGCCUGCGCCAGCUCCACACGAUGUUCUUUGGAGGAAUAUUUGUAGAAAAGAAGUAAGCGGUUAUUUCCUAAAGCUUCUUUCACUUGGCUUAUACGUUCUAUUUAACCUUUUCUUCCUCGUUAUUGUCGUAUGGAUUGUAAAAAGCCUAGAAAUAGAAAAAAACACAAAAAAUUUCCUGUUCAAGAUCGUUCUCCAAAAUCCAUUCAUACAUUCUCUUUACAGAGGUAUUCUUGCUCCAUUAAUUUACAAUAUUCUUCUAUUCUUUGUUCCUAUUAUUAUCAAGGCAUUACUGCAUAUGGAGCAGAAUAACUCAUACUCUGGUUUGCAGGUUAAGUUAAUGUAUAGACUUUCCCUUUUUCUGUUUUUCAAUGCCUUUUUGGCCAUGAUUAUUCUCACUUCAGUUCUUACCUUUAUUGAAAAAAUUAAAGCGAAGACAGUCACCAUUGAAUCGUUGAUUUCUGAAUUUGGGAGUUCAAUAAUCCGUACAUCUGUUUUCUUUUUCAAUACAGUAGUACAGAGAUUAUGCAUAGGUUCAGUCAUUGUCAUUCUUAAGCCAUCACCAUUUCUUUAUAACUGGAUUGUGGCGCCUUUUGCUAUUUAUACUCGUAGGCAAACACAGGAACGCGAGUUUUCUCCACCAAUAGAUUUUGGAAAUCAUAUUCCUAACAUUCUUUUGAUAUUACCUAUGGCUCUUGUCUAUUCUUGUGUCUGCCCAUUGAUGCUAGUUGUUUCAUGGGCUUUCUAUCUUUUUAGUUACUUAGUAUACAGAAAUGAACUGCUUUAUGCUACUAGGAAUGAUUAUGAAUCGGGUGGUUCUCAUUGGAAGCAGUGUAUCAGAUUCAUUUUGUUUUCCUUGCUUGCAUUUCAAGUUAUCACGGCCAUUCUCACUUUCUCUGUUGAAAUGUAUGCCGUUUUUUAUUCAUUUUUGCCUUUGAUAUUCCUUACAUUCGUUUUUUCUGAGGGUCUCAAUAUGAUUUUUGAAAACAGCUGUGAAAAUUUUCCCAUGAAUGCACCGGAAGAGAGGUUUCUUGACAGGUUCUCAAAGAAGGCCUUGGAAGAGCGUCACAAAAUUCUAGGUGAAUGGAAGGAAAUAGGAGAAGAGGUGGACGAAGACGUUCUUCCAAUUAGUGAGCUUGGAUUUGAAGACAAGACAUCUGAACUUACAAAAUCGUAUUACAAGGAUCCUUCGACUUCCAUGUCAAUAGGAAAUAUUAUUUUGCCACAAAAUUUUUACAAAAUUGUACAUUUUUUACGAAGUUUUGAUAAAAACGAUCUCUUUGGAUUGAAGAAAUGA